AAUUGUAGGGGACUUGUGGCAAAAGUAAAAGUGUAAAACAGAGUACCACAAGGUUUCGCAGAUAUGCUGCUUCUAAGCCAAGCACCGGGUACAGCUCUCUCGACCACUCUUCCAUCUCCACUCAAAUUCGCCAACCCAAAUCCAACUUUGUUCGCGAACAAUCGAAAAGCCAGAUUUUGCUCUACCAGAAUUCGUACCAGACGUGUUAAUAUCACUCUUGCAAAGGCCGAUGGAGGGGUCGACUCGGGCUCUGCAACCAAGCAAACUCCUCCCCGUUCUCCACCUUUCGGCAGUGACGAAACCAUUUUUGUGGGUCAAGAGAGUGUUCCAUUGGAGGGUGUCAUCCAAUUUGAGAAAACUAGCUCAUCUUCGCGAAUAGAUAAAUGGGGUCGUGUGGCUCUGCUUGCUGGUGGGGAUGUGCUGGCAUUGCUUUUGUUCUCUGCAAUUGGGAGAUUCAGCCACGGGUUAUCUGUUUUUGACCUAGAAACUCUCCGUACAGCUGACCCUUUUAUUGCUGGUUGGUUUUUGAGUGCAUACUUCCUCGGGGGUUACGCAGAGGAUGGCCGAGGAAUGAACGGUUUGUCCAAGGCUGUUACGGCUGCUGCCAAGUCAUGGGCUUUGGGCAUUCCGUUAGGAGUAAUUAUAAGGGCAACAACAUCUGGUCAUAUUCCACCAUAUAUGUUUAUCGUAGUAACAAUUGGGAGCACUGCUGUUUUACUCAUUGGAUGGAGAACACUAUUAUUCAGCAUUUUUCCCAAUGUUAAUGACAAGAAGGAUGAUGUAUACCGACGUGGCAGUCCAUUUGAACUAUUUGAGUUGCUUACAUCAUUAGUAAGAAGGUGGUGACUGGUGAAUGGUAGCCAUUUUUUGUGCUUUGAGGAUGAUCAUAUUCAUAUUCUAGAUCUUAGACAUCAAUCUUCUCAACUGUUGAACCAUACAUUUACUUAUCAGCUGUAACUUUAGCAGGUAAGGAUAAUGUUGAGCUGAUAUUUAUAUGUAGUCAAUAUUUCUGUAUUCUUUAGUAUUACUUCGCCUGAAAUAUAUUAUCGAUAUAGUUUUUUGCUCAAUUUAAGGAUUACAGAAUCAAGAGAUUACACCAA